CUUGAGUUGGUUUACGACUUUUUCUUGUAGGUCCAGAACCUUUCCUUGGUGUUUUUUAAAAAAUUCACAACGUUGCCGUAAAUUGUGGAGGAGAAAAUGUAGUGGCUCAGAGGUGGAAGCUGUAGAAGACUCAUUUGAUUUUUUUAUUUUCCUUCCAUCAACCAUGGUGUGGGAUUGGACUGAAUGCUGAACAUCUUGCAUGCCCUGAAGACGCUGACCAUGCACAGCCUUGCUGGAGAGCGGCCAUCUGGGCAAGACGUUGAUCCCUGUUCUCGCCCCCUUUCUCAAGCCCGAGUUUACUUGGAGCAGAUUCGGAGCCGAGUAUCUCCCAGCGCCCAGGAGGGCCAGCAAUCCACCAGAAGCACAGCUUGCAAAAGAGACUACUUGGUUGAUGCCGCAAAACAGAUCCGCUUAGCACUGGACAGGGAGGUCAAUGAGGAUUAUGAAGCUGCAUUUAACUAUUACAAGAAUGGGGUUGACCUGCUCUUAAAGGGAGUGCAAGUUGAUCCAAACAAAGAGCGUCGUGAAGCUGUGAAACGAAAAACGACCCAGUAUUUGAAAAGAGCUGAGGAAAUAUUCGACUCUCACUUACAGGGAAGCUUAGGAAACGGUACCGACGAAUCUGGGGGUUUCAGCAGCCUGAGAUUUCGGCCAAAUAGAAUUCUCAGUUCCCCAGUAGAGGACUUGAAAAUGUCGAAGGUCAUAGCAAUCAUUGACAAGGUGCUGUUAGUGCAGAAUCCAUCCACAAAGGAGCCUUUCAUAGUUAAAAGCCUGCCCAAAUGUAGCUUGAUAAAUCGUGAGCGACAGACGAUAAUCCCACAGGGUGUUCCAUUCAUGGUUCAACUCCUGCAAUAUUACGUCAGUGAUGAUACAGUCUUUCUUCACCUAGAGCAUGUACCAGGUGGGAAACUCUGGUCUCAGCUGCAUCAUUACUGGCCAUCCAUCACGGAAAAAGGGAUGGAAUUCCCGGAAUGCUCCAGUCCACAUCACAAGACCAUUAAACUCAAGAACAGCUACACUGCACCCUCUCUCUCAAUAACAUGUAAUGAUACUUCCACAUUUGCCCCAGUCAGCAAGGAGGGCUGGCAAAGAGAGGACAAGAAUAAAAUGAGCAGAGAAUGCAUGAUGGAGUACAGCUGCAACACUGAUGGGCUCAGAAUCCCACAGUCAAAGACAGAACAGGGAGGAAGUGACAAACCACCUUGUCACAUGAAUGGUGCAAACCAACGAAAUGCACACAAUGAGUAUGCAAACAGGACAAGAAUUUGGCAGGGAAAUAACAAAAUUUCAAAAGCUAGCCUAUCAAUGAAUGGCUUGAAGCAAAGUCCUGAGAGGUCAAGUUUUCAGGUUGCGCAUUUUGAAUACCGUGGUGGUAUAACCUUUGACCUUGCAUUCCUUUCAGAAGAGGAUGGAGACUUAACUCAAAGUAGUAAAAUUAUGAAUCAAACUAUGACCAGCAGUGUGGACAAUUUGAUGCAAAAAGACCUCUGGCAUGGAAAGAGUCAGCUUCUCUCCCAGGGUAAGAUUUUACAGUCCCUUGAUCAUUUUUCAGAGACCAAAGACUCCAGUAAAUCUUUGAGCCCAAAGUCAUCAAGAACUUGCCAAACUCAGGCAGCUUCAGGUUUAUUGAAAGGAAAGGCCUCCUUGGUUAAUGACAAGUCUCAACAUGGAUCUAGCCCAAUUAGAAGUCCUGUUAGAGCCACCAGUUUGAAUUUGAAGGCUGGCACAAGACAAGGAAGGAAGGGCUCCUACCAAAUAACAGUCAAUCCUUUGGAUACAAUUGAUAGCAAUAACAAAGUCAGUAGUGUUAUGGAUAGCUCCAACCUGGUCAUUGUAGGGUCAUCAGCUGUCUUGCCUGCAAGAAAUACCACUGUCACUGUCUUGGAGAAGGGCCAAUCAGAGCAAAAAACUUCGGUGAGUGUGCUCAACUCUGUACAGCAAGCUAAUGGGCAUCUGAUGUCACCACUAAAUGUAAUUGAAUCUCCAUUAAAGUUAUUAUCAUUGAAAGAUGGAGCACCUGAAGAAAUGUUGAACUGCAAAGAUAAGAGUCCUGCAAAGCUAGACCAUCAACUUAAACUUCCAGACCAGUUUCCAGUGUCUGAAACCUGCUGCUAUCAUGAGGGUCACAAUUCCAGAACUGUUUCAGGCAAACUCCCAUCUUGCAGAGUUGACAGUGCAAGAUCCUUAAACAGGACAUUAGACUCCUCGGAUCCCUGCAAAACAGGGGAAGGUCAUUCCUUAUCCCCUCCACCACACCAUCCAAAUGCUGAACAGUCCAUCCCAAGCCAGGUUUCCUCAGGCCUGUCAGAGGAUCAGAUCAGAAUCUGGGUGGCUGAGAUGGUUCUUGCCUUAGAAAGUUUACAUCAGCAAGGAAUUAUAUGUCAGGAUCUAAACCCCAGAAAUAUACUUGUGGAUAAUGCAGGUCACAUUUGCCUCACGUAUUUUGGCCAGUGGAGUGAAGUUGAAGUUCAGUGUAACACAAAAGCCAUAGAGGACAUGUAUUGUGCACCAGAAGUCGGUGGGGUUGGAGAAGUAACAGAGGCCUGUGACUGGUGGAGCCUUGGUGCAUUGUUGUUCGAGCUUCUAACUGGGACGACCCUGUCUCAGUGCUACCCCUCCAGAAUCCAUCCUCACACCCAGCUCCGACUCCCAGACCAUCUCAGUCCUGCAGCCGUGUCACUUCUGCAACAGUUGUUACAGUGGGAUUAUCGCUGCCGGCUUGGCUCUGGGGAGAAUGGAACACACGAGAUAAAAUCUCAUUCCUUUUUCAGCUCUGUACACUGGAAUAAGUUAAACGGAUACAGAUGAGUAACAGGACUGAGCAAUGAACAGCUCAGGAGCAGAGUGCGCUGAGCAGAUUUGGAACUUGUGUACCUGUGCUGAGCCAGCAAACAGAGCAACCAUGAGCAAAGGUCAUCAACAGAAUUCAGUCCAUUACCACUUUAACUUGUUUUAAUCAUGUAUAUAUCAAGUCAAAGCACACUAGAGAUAAUUAUUAGUCCUGUUGGAUGAGUAAUGCACUGUUGAUAAAGAACUUGAGACACUUUGUUCAGCAAACUCUUAACCUUGAACAAGUUACCAUGCAGAUGUCUUUCUAGUGUGGCACACUUGGUAGUAAUAACUUUUUGUGAUUAACCUUUCACUAGCCAGGUGGCUCCUCCUUAUCCACCAGUGAAUCACUUAGUUUUUGUCUGAUUCCUGUCCUUGUAUCCCUGACAUCUUCUCUCAGAGUACUAAUGGCCAAUGUACCUCUUCAACCAUUCCCGAGUGAUCAGGUUUGUUAUUUCUCCUGAGUCUACCCUUUCCACAGUGCUAACAAAGCUGCAUGUCCCAAAUUAUUUUCCUUCCCUAAAUGUGAAAGAUGCAUCAAGGGUAACUGCUGACAAAAUGAAAGAUAAAUUACACUCCAAGUAUCCAUUGAAUUACUGUAUCGUAAAUGUUUGGUAACUGCUUUGGAGUCAUAGCAUGGAAGGAGACUAUUCAGCCCACUGUGUCCAUGCUGACCAGUGGGCACCCAUCCAUAUUAAUCCCAUCUUCCAGCACUUGGUUCAUAGCCUUCUAUGCCUAAAAGAUUCAAAUGCUUCUUUAGACACUUUCUAAAUGCUCUCAGCAACUCUGCUUCCACCACUCUCUCUCUCAAGCAGUUUACUCUCCACUCAUUGUUUGAAGAGGGUCCACCUCAGAUCCCCUCUAAAUUUCUUAACCCCUUACCCUAAAUCUACAUACUCUAGUUUUAUCUACCUCUGAUAUGGGGAAUAGUUUCCUGCAGUCUACCCCAUCUACACCCCUCGUAAUUUUAUAUACCUCAAUCAUGUCCCCUCUUAACCUUCUCCACUCCAGAGAGAACAUACAUAGUCUCUCCUCAUAACUGAACUGCUCCAUCCCAGACAACAUCCUGGUGAACCUCCUCUGCAUCCUCUCCAACGCUAUCACAUCUUUCCUGUAGUGUGGUGACUAGAACAGCAUGCUGAGGUCUGACCAAUAUUUUCCAAAGUUGGAGCAUAACCUCCCUGCUCUUGUAUUCAUUGCAGUUCACCUGCAAUCCCAGACUUACCAAAUUCAUCCCAUCUGCCAUGAGUAUUUGUGGUUUGGUCCCUUGUUUGCAAACCAUCAGUUUGUGAGAAGAGGAAGAUGAAUUUUCUCUAUCGGGGGAAAAAAUACAAUUGCAUCCUCUGGGGCCUUUUUCUAAAAGGAAACACACGUGAGUUUUGUCCACUCAGAGGCUUCUGUCAACAUGAAAUCUGUUGUUUCGAGUACCUGUGUUUCCCUGUCAUGUUUGGAAGAGAUGGGUGGGACACCUGACACUACUGACAGGGGUGGGAAGAGACUCAUGGGCAUUUAUCUAUGCCCUCUGAUAUCACACAUUGAGCCUGUGCUGUCAAGCUGCUUCUCUUUCUAAAUUCACUUGAACCUUGUUAACAAACUACUUGAAUGUGUGCAAAUGGAUGAAGAGUUGUACUGUUACUGUCAUUAAUGGCACAGUCAUGGAUCUUUGUGUUUGUGAUUGCACCUUUUGCUCUUUUCAAGACUUGCUUGGCCAACUAUUUGAAUAGUUGAAGCGAAUAGUUAUCAGCAAAAAUUUAAUAUACAUGUCUGUACUAGUUGUCCUUUAACUUUCACAUUGACCCUUUUGAUUGGUCAAGCAGCUGGCGUGCAGGAUUUUACUUUAGCAAGUACUACCAGGACAAGAUUUGGCAAAAUGUUUUAAACUGAUUUCUGCAGUUUAUUUCACACAGUACAAUCCAGAUGAAGACCUGAUGAAUCAUCCCUCUCUUGAAAACUAAAACUUGUUAAUCCCUUGUGCAAGUCUGCUGUGUGCACUGGGUGCAAUUUGUUUGUUGAGCAUUGUAUAUCUGGAGUCUCGGUGUCUGCUUCUGUAGUAAUGGAAUGAUCCUCUUAAUGGCUAGUAAGGUAUGGUAUAUAUCUCUAUAUCCUUCCCACAAGCCUGUUGUGACGAUAUGUCUGCUACAAUGAUUUACUGGUUUCUGUCACACACGUAUGGCUCAGUCUCGUUGUACAUCUAAAUUAUUUCUGAUAUUCAGUGUAUUGAUAAAAGAAAUGGGGGGGGGGGGGGCUUGCAGAAAAUGUGCAGAUAAGGUGCAACAGUAACAUGCCAGAUAAAAAGUGAUGGCUCUGUAGUCAAGAGUCAAUCUACCUACCUCCUGUUGAGAGCCAAUGUCAGCUGAGGUCACUGUUCCUUUCAUCCUGCGCUUUUUAUAUUUUAACAGAAUAUUAUUCAGAAGUUAUGGUGUCUAGAGUAACAGAUGUAUUAAUUGUGUGAUCUGUAAUUCAUUAUUCUGCCCCAUAAGUAGUUGAGUUAAAGUUAUCCCAAAAGAUCUCAGAAGCUAAUAACUGUUGCUGAGGGAUGUUUGCAGAUUAAUAGCCACUUGUAAUUUGGCAGAACGAAACCAACAGGUAUUUUUAUUUUAUAUUUUUGUAAGAUGCUAUUUGUCUCUAAUCUGAUGUGAUUGGCUGCUAUUUUAUUAAUUGUAUAUGUAGCCAAUCAGGUGCAAGCAUGAUAUACAUUUCCAAGUUUAGCACUUUGACCAAUGCAUGUGAGAUAUUAUAAAUAUAUUUAAC